AGUACAAGUGUACAAGUGGUGGUAGUAGAUGACGAUGUUACAUUUUGGGAAUCCCUUGUUAGAACUCCAUUUUUAACAUUUACUCUAUAUAUAUCAUAUCUGUUGGUGCAUAACCAAUUCCACAAACCCAAACCAAAUCCCUAAAAAUAGUAAACAUCAGAACAAUCCACGAUCCCAGACAACAGAGAUCUACUACAAUCACUAGCACUGUGGAAUCAUUGACUGAGUCAAUGACCGAGUGACUGAGUGAGUAUUGAGAGAGAAACAAAGAAGAAAAAGAUGAAGGAGAGCAACAAUGAUGGGUAUGUGAGAGCAGAUCAAAUAGAUCUGAAGAGCUUAGAUGAACAAUUACAGAGACAUUUGAAUAGGGCAUUAACUCUUGAAAGGAAACGUAAAGAGGAAGAAGAAAGAAGACAACCAAGUAGAGCAGAAUGGGAAAUUGAUCCUUCUAAGCUUUUGAUUAAGUCUGUCAUUGCUCGUGGUACUUUUGGUACUGUUCAUCGUGGUGUUUAUGAUGGUCUUGAUGUUGCAGUUAAACUUCUUGAUUGGGGGGAAGAGGGUCAUCGGUCAGAUGCAGAGAUAUCCCAGCUAAGAUCAGCUUUUUCUCAAGAAGUUGCGGUUUGGCACAAACUCGACCACCCAAAUGUGACUAAGUUCAUAGGAGCUACAAUGGGUUCGUCUGACUUGACUGUCCAAACUGAAAACGGUCAGAUUGGUAUGCCAAGGAAUGUUUGUUGUGUCGUGGUUGAGUAUCUUCCAGGGGGUGCAUUGAAAAAUUUUCUUAUAAAGAACAGGAGGAGGAAGCUGGCUUUCAAAGUUGUAAUCCAACUGUCACUUGAUCUUGCACGGGGGUUGAGCUAUCUCCAUAAGGAAAAAAUUGUUCACAGAGAUGUCAAAACUGAGAAUAUGCUUUUGGAUAAGCAACGAAAUCUCAAAAUAGCCGACUUUGGUGUUGCUCGUGUUGAGGCUUCUAAUCCCCAUGAUAUGACUGGCGAAACAGGAACCCUUGGAUAUAUGGCUCCGGAGGUUCUGAAUGGUAGUCCAUAUAAUAGGAAAUGUGACGUAUACAGCUUUGGCAUUUGCUUAUGGGAAAUCUACUGCUGCGAGAUGCCAUAUCCUGAUCUGAGCUUCUCAGAAGUGACAUCAGCUGUUGUUCGACAGAAUCUGAGGCCGGAAAUACCUCGAUGCUGCCCCAGUGCGCUGGCAAAUGUAAUGAAGCGAUGUUGGGAUGCAAAUCCAGACAAGAGGCCAGAAAUGGAUGAGGUUGUGUCAAUGCUAGAGGCAAUCGAUACUACUAAAGGUGGUGGUAUGAUCCCGCUUGAUCAGCAGCAAGGAUGUCUCUGCUUCCAGAAAAAACGUGGACCUUGAACUAAAGACAGAUUUGGAAAUGUCAUUUGCUGAAGUUUAGCUUUGUGGGAUGGAUUUUAGGGCAUGAUAUCGUUAUCUGACAUGAAAAGCAUGGGAGAUCUCACUUCGACAUUUCCAUUAGAUGAGUAGUUGUAAAGGCUAUUUUCAUCUCGUCUGCCUGUUCUGGUUGCAGAACCUUAUGCUUUUGUUUGAUUAAAAUUGCACGAUAAAUAAACGUCUUCAUGUAUGUAGUUAAAUUGUUGUAAACGAUUUAAUCUUAGUUAUAUUAAGUGAUUGAUGUUUGCUAAA